AAAACACAUGGCUUAAAGGAAACAAACGAGUUGAUCAACGAUUGAAAUGUCUUCUGAUUCCCAAAGGAAAGAGCCAAGUUUUAAAAAUUUAACUGAUAAACACUUUGGGAAACCAAAAGAAAACCAAAAUGCGCUACUACAAGAUGUCACCAAACCACAUGUGGGAUCGUUUAACUAUAUGUUACACGAAGGAUUGCGAAACGCCAUUAAGGAUUUGAAACCAAUAGAGUUUAGUAUAUCAACAGGUGAAAGACUGGCCUUGGCUAUAACUGGAGGUAUAAUUCGCUCACCGAGAGUUAACCAGACCAAUGUUGGAGUUACAACACAGAGAGUUUAUCCCACUGAGUGUCGUGAGAAAGGAACAACGUAUAAAGGAAGUCUACAGGUUUCUAUCAACUGUUAUAUGAAUGAUAAAUUGAUCUGUCAGUUAGAUCGUAUUAUAGGACAAAUUCCCAUCAUGGUGAAGUCUGAAGCCUGUAACCUUCAUGGUUUACCUCCUAAAGAGUUGGUUAAACAUGGUGAAGAGAUGGAGGAGAUGGGUGGUUAUUUUAUUGUCAAUGGAAAAGAGAAGGUUGUAAGAAUGUUGAUUAUGCAGAGAAGAAAUUAUCCAUUGUGUUUAAAGAGAAAUGGAUGGAAAUCACGAGGAGCAUUCUAUACAGAAUAUGGUAUACAGCUUCGGUCAGUAAGAAAUGACCAAACAGGAUCGACAUGUAUUUUACAUUAUUUAUCCAAUGGAACUGCCAUGUUGGAAUUUGGUCAC